AUGGAGCUGGACCAGGGGGAGUUCAGGUUGGACGUUAGGAAAAGGUUCUUCGCCGAGACGGUGGCCGGUCAAUGGAGCAGGCUCCCCAGGGAAGCGGUCAUGGCACCCAGCCGGUCAGGGCUCAAGGAGCAUCUGGAUGACGCUGAGUUGGAGCUGGUGGAAAACAUCUUGACGAGCAAGCAGGAGGAGAGCUGGGAGCAGCGGGGCCCCCGGGCCUCCUUCACCCGCCCGGAGCGGAGCCGACUGCUCUGGGAGGAUGUCAGCGUGGUGGAGGAGGAUGCCACCAAAGUCACCGCCCUGAAGCUGAGGCUGGACGAGUCCCAGAAAGUGCUGCUCAAGGAGCGGGAGGACAAGCUGGCUCUCAGCAAGAGCAUCGAGAAGCUGGAGGGCGAGCUCAGCCAGUGGAAGAUCAAGUACGAGGAGCUCAACAAGAGCAAGCAGGAGGUGAUGAAGCAGCUCAACAUCCUGAAGGAGAUCCACCAGGACGAGCUGGGGCGCAUCUCCGAGGACCUGGAGGACGAGCUGGGCGCCCGCUCCAGCAUGGAGGAGCGGCUGGAGACGGAGAAGCUCAACCUGGAGCGGGAGAACAAGAAGCUGCGGGCGCAGAUCGAGGACCUGGAGGAGGUGCUGGCUCGCAAGCGGCGCCAGACGGCCAGCGCCCUGGACACCGACCUCAAAACCAUCCAGGCUGAGCUCUUUGAGAAGAAUAAG